GGCAUAAAUAUAUAGAAAAGAAUCUCCAAACCUCUAAAUUUGGGGAUCAAGAUUCAAUCAAAUGGGGAGUAUGAGUCCAUUGUGGAAAUUCAGGUCUCGGGGGACAGGUAUAUAGAGGAUCAAUCCAUGGGUGGUUGCAAAAUGAAACCACAUAGGGCCCUGAAGUUGUGACAAUUUUGCGCGUCUUGGCGCGCUAUGUCGUUAAAAUCCCAACACCGCAAAUCACCCCGUGGGCCCCUUUUCCAUUCCCUCCUGCAGUUCCGUUUCCUCCUCAUUGUCCGAGCAAUCCCUCAUCAGUCAUCAUUCACAGGAGCACCGUCCCUGGCAGAAUUUGUGGAUGCUUCUUCUCAAUUUAUCAUCGUCUUUUUGCUCUAAAAGUCAAAAGAAGGAGCCGAGAGCGAAUUUGCAGCCAAGGUUCACACAAUAGCUUGUUAAUUUGUUUGAGGAUUAGGGUUAGAUGAAAGGCCAAGUGUAUGCACAUGGCAAGUUGGCCGGUUGGCUGGUCUGAAAUACAAGAGCUAGCUGCUAAAGUUGCCUGAUGUAAUUCCACAUUCUGUCAGAGUCAAGCCUAUGGCUAUGUUGAAUAUUGUGCAGGAGAUCGCCAUCUAUAUUGAUAGGUUUCACAAUCUUGACCUUUUUCAGCAGGGAUGGUAUCAAAUGAAGAUUACUAUGAGAUGGGAGGAUAGUGAAUAUGUCUCUGUUGGAACUCCAGCAAGAAUUGUUCAAUAUGAAGCUUCUGAUAUAGGUUCUAGCAGUAUAUAUGGUGCAUGGAGGAUUGAUGAUAUAGACAACAGUUUCUCAACGCGGCCCUUUCAGAUAAAAUAUGCUAGGCAGGACAUUCAUUUAUGCACGAUGAUAACAUUCAGAUUUCUACUUGAUAGAUUCGAGGGCUUACCUACAACUGCUGUUAUUAUGAAAUUUGAGCUCAUGUAUGCUCCUACAGUUCAAAAUGGUUCAAACUUGCAAGCUUUUCUGGAUGCAUCAUCUUGCGCUAUCCAUGAAUUUCGACUUCCCCCUAAAUCCCUUUCAGGAUUGCAUUCAUAUUGUCCUGUCUAUUUCGAUGCUUUACAUUAUGUGCUCGUUGAUAUAACUGUGCACGUCAGUAUAUUAAGAGCCACUUCUUACCAUUCUGCAUUGAAGGUACCCAGCAAUUUUGGCAUCAAUGAAGCUGUUGUUGAUCAAGGUUAUGGCAUGUUGAAUCGAGAAUUGGAUGAUGUUGUAGACGUGAAAGAUGUCAUACGCACUAAGGCAUUGCUAACUGCUCAUGAUAUAUUGCUUGAAGAACUGUUAAAGCUUAGUAAAGCAAUUGAUCUAACAAUUGAUAUUUCAGAGUUGGUGUCAAAAGGGAACAAUGUGGAGUUUUUAAAUUAUGUUCCACGAGCAAGUCAGGUUGCUUCCAAUGUUGAAGUUUCAGUACAAGGCAAGCCACAAAAUGGUCUUGAGGGGCUUAAUGGUGCUCUGGAUUUUCAGAAUGUUGAAAAGCUUCAUUCCUUCUCAAAGAGUGAAAUGUUGGACUGUUUUAAUUCUCUGGGAGAUCAAAUGCUGUACUUAUGGAACAAUUUUUUAAAGUUCCAUAGGGACAACAAAACAAAAGUUCUAGACUUUUUACGUGAUGCUUGGGCUGAGGAUCGGAAAGCUGAGUGGUCAAUAUGGAUGUUACACUCUAAGGUAGAGAUGCCUCAUCAUUACAUAAAAUGUGAGAGUCAUGGGUCUUCCACCAAACCUAAGCAUAGAAGAGUUUCCAGUUCACUAAAGGUAUCUGAUGAGCCUCCUCAGACUGCAGCAACACGUGCUGAACUUCAUCGAAGGAGCAUCACACAAAUGAGGAUCAACAAUCGGUCAAUUCAAGACAUGCAGGUAUUUGGAGAUCCUUCACGCAUGCCUAUUGUUGUUGUUGAACGUGUGAUGAAUGCACCACGACGUACUAUCAGUGAUAAUUCAUAUAUGAAACAUAUUGAGCUUAUGGAAUCACAUAGCCUACAAACACAGUUCAACUCUGCUACAGUAGAUAACCAAUUGAUGUCAAAAGUUGAUGCUUUUACACUGAAGAUUGUUGUCUUCGUACAUGGGUUUCAGGGGCAUCAUCUGGAUCUACAACUUGUCCGAAAUCAAUGGCUUUUAAUAGAUCCCAACAUAGAAUUUCUCAUGUCUGAGGCUAACGAAGAUAAAACUUCUGGAGACUUGAGAGAAAUGGGCCAAAGGCUAGCUCAGGAAGUUAUUUCAUUUCUUAAAAGGAGGAUGGACAAAGCAUCUAGAUCUGGACACUUGGGAGAUAUUAGAAUAAGUUUUGUUGGGCAUUCUAUCGGUAAUCUCAUUAUAAGAACGACAAUAGCAGAUAGCAUCAUGGAGCCAUAUCUAGGAUACCUACAUACAUAUGUUUCUUUAUCUGGUCCACACUUGGGGUAUCUUUAUAAUUCAAGCUCCACAUUUAAUUCGGGAUUGUGGCUUUUGAAGAGACUGACAGACAUACGGUGCAUUCAUCAGCUCACUUUCACAGAUGAUCCAGAUAUCCAGAAGACGUUCCUUUAUAACCUAUGUAAGCUGAAGACCUUGUACCAUUUCAAGCAUAUUAUAUUGGUUUCUUCCCCUCAGGAUGGUUAUGUGCCGUACCACUCUGCUAGGAUUGAAUCAUGUCAGGCGGCUGUACAUGACACUUCAAAGAGGGGAAGAGUGUUCUUGGAGAUGUUGAACAAUUUGUUGGACCAAAUCCGUGCCAAUUCCUCCCAACAUCGGGUGUUCAUGCGUUGUGAUGUCAAUUUUGAUACCGCUGCCUUUGGCAAGAAUUUUGACUCCUUCAUUGGCAGGGCCGCCCAUGUUGAAUUUCUUGAGUCUGACAUUUAUGCCAGGUUCAUCAUGUGGUCUUUUCCACAGUUCUUUCGGUAACAAUUCUCCACUUUUUGCCUUCUCUUAACUCUUCAGGGGUCAUCUCAAAAUGGUCUCGGGGCCUUAAAACCAAUGCAUCAGUUUGCAGUGCACUUGUAGCUAUAGACAUCCGAUCUGUAUUCCUUAUUCAUGUUGUAAAUUUCUACCGAAUUGUAUGCAUGUUAUUUUAGUGACGUUAUCAUGGUAGGUUACACAGUUCAUAUCAGAUGUCCUUUACUGGGAUUGGGAACGGAAUUAGCACACGACUGGAAGUCACUUGUUGUUUCCCUCUUUGUAUGGCUUCAUUUUGCUUUCUUUCUCCAAAGGAACCGGACUACACUAGUUUUUCCUUCGUCAA